AGGAGGUUAUGUUUACCUUUAAAUUUGAGCUAAGUGUUUUGUUGUUCCUUGUGCACUUUUUGAAUUUUAGAAUGCUCUUGAACUCUUGAUUAGACCUAUUACUUAUCUAUCUAUGAUGAUAUUUUUAAUAUCCUAAAAAUAUUUUAUCAUCUGUUGUUCUAUUUAAAUAAAAAAUUUUAGCUAGCAGCUUACCUUGAGUUAGAUAAACUUAGUGAGUUCAAGUUACUUAUAUAGUAUUUUAAAAUGAUACAAACAUUUCUGGUUCUCAUUAUCUGCUCAAGCCUUGGUAUUUCUGAAUCAGACAUUAACAUAUUUGGACCUGGGUUAAAUCCUGCUAAAGUCGUGAUGCCUGCGAGAUACUUUUUUUUAAACUUAGAAAGUUUUAAAAAGUCAAUGUCGAUUGAUGAAAUUGAGAAGAAGCUAUCUGUCCAGGUAUUUGGCCAACAUACAUCGGGUCGCUCUGCUCGCAUCUGGGUCAAUGUGUUGAAUCGCAAUGAUGGGCUUUUUGUUGUCAGAUACAAACUUUAUGAAACUUGCAAAAAUCUGCAGAUCGUUGUCAAGUUUAACAACAAACAUAUAAACGGUUCGCCUUUUGUUUUCAAUGAAACCAUUCAGGCAGAACAUUGUUAUUGCCCGGAGCGCGACUUUGAGAGUUGGCUUACGGAUUAUGGAUGUUUAAAUAAUGAGACAAACUAUUCGCAAAUUGAAGAGGAUCUAAAGCCAUUUAAAGACAUCGAUUUCAAUUCUUUUCGACCUGAGUUUGUCAAGAAAUUUGAUCGUCCAGCUAGCAUGAGCGUAUGUAAUUAUGUCGUCUUGAACAAUCAGCUUUACAGGAAGUGCUACGGCCAACAUGUUGGCUUCAAGAUGUUCAUGGAUGCAAUUCUGUUGUCGCUGACUAGAAAAGUUCGACUUCCUGACUUUGAGAUUUUUGUUAAUCUUGGAGAUUGGCCAUUGAUGAAGAAAGGGGAUACACCCAUUUACCCUUUAUUCUCGUGGUGUGGCUCCCACAGCACUCACGAUAUUGUAAUGCCAACUUAUGACAUUACUGAAUCCUCACUGCAAGCAAUGGGAAGAGUGAGCUUGGACAUGCUGUCUGUUCAAGGAAAUAUAAAUAAAGUUUGGAAUGACCGAGAAGCGAAGGCGUUCUGGAGAGGGCGUGACUCCAGCGAAGAGCGUCUCAAAUUGAUCGAAAUUUCGCGUCAACAUCCACACCUCAUCAAUGCUUCUCUCACUAAUUUCUUCUUCUUUCAUCAUCUUGAAAACCAGUACGGACCAAAAACAAAACAUAUAUCGUUUUUCAAAUUUUUCGAUUAUAAAUAUCAAAUAAAUUUGGAUGGAACUGUAGCAGCGUAUAGAUUUCCAUAUCUUCUAUCUGGAGGAUCAUUAAUUCUGAAACAAGAUUCGGAAUACUAUGAGCAUUUCUAUCGGAAUCUGAAGCCAAAGCAGCAUUAUGUAGCUGUGAAGAGAGACUUGUCCAAUCUGAUAAAGAAAAUAGACUGGGCCAGAGAGAAUGACGAGAAAGCUGAAAAGAUAGCCAAAAAUGGUCAGCAAUUUGCGCUGAAUAAUCUUUUACCUCAGCAUAUUUUCUGCUAUCAUGCAGUUUUAUUCCACGAAUGGAGCAAAAAAAUAGUGAGCCCCAUCAGGGUGAAUGACGGAAUGGAACAAGUGCCUCAACCGUCCACCGAUGAUGACCAAGACUGCUUUUGCGAUGAGGAGCUUCCUGAAACAAACACUAUGAAAGAUGAAUUAUGAUAUAGCAUUUUAGCCCAAGUUGAUGUACGUUCAUCAUUGUUACCUAUACAAUCAAUUCAUUAAUUAUCAUGACUAUUUGUAUUUUUGUAAUUGCUCUAACUUGAGAAAUUAAAUAAUUGUAUAACAAAAAAAAA